AUGCGCCAGGAGGAUGAGUCCAGCCUCCACACUAAUAUGAAGCGGAAUCGCAUUCAAUUCGAGGCCAAUGGCGACGCCUCGUCCGUUUCUCCCCCGCAGGGUGGCUUCACCCCGGAGGACCGCCCUCACCAUGUUCCGAAGAUCUCUCGACGGAUACGAGCAUGCACCGAGUGUAAGCGGCACAAGGUGCGCUGUGACAUGAAGGCGACUGACUCGGUGUGCUCGCGGUGUCAGCGCAUGGGACUGGAGUGUGUUGUGAAUAAAAGCCUCCAAACAUUACUGGAGGACGAAGCCGAGUGGAAAUCAAUGAUCGAAUCGGCAAUGACAGACCUGCUAAGGAAAUCCCAGCUACCAGAGCUAUCAUACUACCAAGCAGGCGGUGGUACAAUCGAGACGCCUUCGAACAAAAGCGGCCGGAAAGACUCCACCGUUUCGACUGAUGAUAUUGGAUUUGCGCAACAUAAAAGGAUCGAGCCAUCAGGCAGUACAGUAGGGAAUAGCACAGCUGCAAGGUCAAACUAUGGCUUCCCCCAACAACCACAACCAAGAUAUUCUUUGGACCGCGAGGAAACUGGCGCAACCUCUCUAGUCACAGCACCGAUGGGCAGUUUAUACGAGGUGACGCAGCUCAGUGAAAACCGCGAGAGCUCACCCGGACAAAAGCUUGCCCCUGAUCAAGCACUGGUCACUGACCUCAUCUCGCGUGGAGUGGUGGAUAUACAGGAAGCGGAGGAGCUAUUUUAUCAGUUCGACCAGGUACUUAACCGCUACCUAUGGGAUGGAGCUUUGCUAGCACAUAAAGACUUGACGUCUGUCCGAAGGUCUUCAUCAAUGCUAUCUGCUGCCAUUUUGGCUGUCACCGCGCUUCACAUGCCGGCCAAGGAACGCAUGUUUGAUACAUGCUACACCGAGUUUGCAAGAUUGGCAUCAGAGUCUAUGCUGGGCCAUCAUCACACCUUGGAUGAUAUCCGUGCACUAUGUAUUGGAGCAUUUUGGCUUGCAGAUGUUAGCUGGAAGCUCUCUGGCUAUGCGGUUCGCAUUGCAACCGAGCGCAACCUACACCAGUUCUUUCGUAAAGCCACACAAGGGUCGCCAGAACACAUGGAACAGGCGAGGCUGUGGUAUCUCCUCUAUACCUUGGAACACCACUUUUCUAUUGCAUACGGCCGGCCACCGAUGAUCCAUGAAGAUGCCAGUAUCACUCAACACAAUGUCUUUAUACAAAACCCAUCAGUUUCACAAGGAGACCUCCGACUUCACAGCCAGGUCGACCUGUUCAUUAUUCUCACCCGUAUAUAUUUUGCAUUCGGUCCAGAUGUCGACUUAGAGGUCCCCGAGAGCGAUUUCCCCAAGAUUGAUCAAUAUGAUGUUGAUAUAGGGGACUGGAAGUCGGCAUGGCUUCCUAGACUUGCGGGAAGCCGUUACGUCGGCGCAUAUCCAUACAAGGCCGUGUAUAUGCACUAUCAUUUUUCUCGAUUACAGCUGAACUCAGUUGCUCUGCGUACAUAUCACUCAUCCACCUCCUCAGGACAAAUGUCAUUCGAACGCAGGAAGCGUGCCAACAUCGCUGUUGAAUCAGCCAUUGCGACUCUCCAGGUUUGUCUGGACGAGCGGGAUAUCCAGCUGGCGCUCGUCGGUGUCCCACUAUAUCUCCACAGCAUGAUCACAUUUGCUGCAGUCUUUCUGCUAAAAAUUGCAGCCAAGGUUUGCUCGCACGGGGCAAUUCCCGGGAGCCAGGGCAAACGGACCUCAAUCGCCUCGGCAGGGCUACACGUUGACGUGAGCUACGUGCGUGUUCUUGUUGGCCGGGUUGUCGAGCUCAUGGUGGCUUGCAGCCAGCGGGCGAGCGAGCGUCACCUGAGCCACCAUAUCGCUCGGGGUCUCCGCAAGAUGCUAACUGGGCUUGAGGAGUGGGAGAAGCGCACCGCUGGUACCCAACAACAUAUGGGGUCAUCUGCGCAGGAUUCUCAUUCUCUCUUCAAGCCGGUGGUCAUCCCCGGAGCGCAAAUGCUGGGUGAGCGUGACACUAUUUUGAACCACCCGCCUCCAUUACUUGGGGUGGCACCGCUGUCUGCCGAACGCAGCAAUGGGUUUGAACCUCCCCUGACCCUAGGAAAGCAGGAGCCCGGUCUAUCAGUGGGCUCGGUUGACCCUAUGAUGGCAGAUCUGUGGGGAUUCGACGAGGAUUAUUUCCCUACAGGGGUAUUUGACUUCCUUCAGAGCCAGAUGCCAGCGUGA